AUGAGCGAUUCGGAGUCCAUUCAGUUUAAUGUAAUGUCAGAGCUCGAGUCUCCGGUAGUCGGUCGAGAGGGAAGGAACGCCUGUCGUGGUGAGAGUAGGAAACCUUCCGUGAAGGAUUUGAAGCGGCCACCACUUCAUGGAGCUCCUUCCCCCACUUCACACAAGAGUUUGAGACGUUCGUCCGGAGGAUCAAGUUUGCAGUUUGUGGUGUGUGGCGAGGCGGGAGGGGAUGACUCGGAUAAUACAGACACCAUUCAGUUUAAUGUAAUGUCAGAGCUCGAGUCUCCGGUAGCCGGUCGAGAGGGAAGGAACGCCUCUCGUGGUGAGAGUAGGAAACCUUCCGUGAAGGAUUUGAAGCGGCCACCACUUCAUGGAGCUCCUUCCCCCACUUCACGCAAGAGUUUGAGACGUUCGUCCGAAGGAUCAAGUUUGCAGUUUGUGGUGUGUGGCGAGGCGGGAGGGGAUGACUCGGAUAAUACAGACACCAUUCAGUUUCAAACUGAAGGAGGUUCGCGCAAUAUAUCUCUUAAGGCAGCUUCCCCCACUUCGAUAGCGGGAAACCGACGUAAUGACUCUAACGGUAGGAGCCUUCGGCGGUCAAGCACGGAGAGUGGAGAUGAAUCAGUUGUUUUCGUCAUAGAGGACACGCAGUCGACUGGCGGCAAGAAACCUCUUUCACGGCGUGAGGCUUCGAACGAUGACACCAUCAGCUUUGUUGUGGGUGAUUCGGGGGGUGGUGAUGAAGAAGGUGCGGACGGGAGUAGCAUGCAGAAGAGUUUGAGUUUUACUGUUGUUGGCUCUGGAGAGUUGCCUGUCGCACCGCCGGUCUUUACUGGGAAGCAAGGCUCAUCAUCGCCGCAACUAAUGUCUCCUUUGGAGGCUCCGUCGAAGCCUGGUGUUGGGUCAAAGGAUAUGCAGAGACCACCAAAAGCAGUUUCUCGACCCAAGGAGGCAAAUAAUCUGAAGGGGAAAUAUCGGUCUUCUAGUCGAGAGAAUACCGGAGACGGCGGUAUGACGCGGUCGGAUAGCUACGAUGUGGUAGAGGAAGGUGGCACCCUUAAGAUUUGUGGCACAGCCAGCAAGCACACAAGGGCAGGACGGUUGGACAUACCGCAUACCACCACAAGGGGAAAAGACGUGCUUCCACCUACGGCGAGUGAAGCUGGGAAGCUAUCACCUGGGGAAACGCGCACAUCAACUGCGUUAGCGCCUAGCGCCUCUGCUCUGGUUCCGCUACCAUUUCCACAUCCGUCGCAGAAGAAAUUUUCCUUGAAAGCUGCUGAUAUAGAGGAGAUGUUUCUUCAGGCAAAGGUGUACACAGAACAUUGGCGAAUGUUCAACGACAUUCAACGAGAGGAGGUAGCACGACUGGCACAACGAAUUGUAGAGAUACGCGAUGGGGGUUCCAACACUGCGGGCAAAAUGAAGGGAAAGAGUGGGGAAGAAGGAAAGGACAAACCCCUGUGCUUUGCUGAUCUCUUCCGAGUAAAAUCCUUCUUGAAGGAGACUGACUUGCCAUGGAACACAGAACGCUUAGGUAACCAGAAGAAACGGUUGCCCCCGGGUCGACGGCCAGCGGCCCCCGCUCACUUAGUUGAAGGAGGUAAAUUACCUGCUGGUCGUGGAAUGAGCCGUCGUGACGAUUCCGGUGCGAACAGGCGCCAGCGGCCAUCCCCACAGGGAAAUAAGGGAACACGGGUGCCUAAAGGUGCCAAAUUGGGCGUGCCGCAUUUUGAGAAUGUAGCCAAGGAAAUGGAGUGUGACGCGGUAGCACAGUUUGCGGAGAUAUAUGGUGUCGCGUGGCCUCCAUCGUCGAAAAAUGAAUUGUUCUUCUUGACGGGCGUACGACUCACGCCGAAGCAGUGCGAAGAGUUCUACGAUUCAAUGCGGCUUUACGUUGUGGCAUCAUCAAAAGUAAACGCAAACAUGAACCUGCUCAACGCGAACGAAAGAGAUUUGAGCCCGUCCCGCCUAUCGGACGCGAAGCGAAAGGUGCGAGUGACACGCACGACCCUUUUACGCAAAGCGUUUACGGUGAUGGAUGUGGAGAAGAAUGGUGUCAUAAACGCUGCGUUACUUCCUUCGAUUCAACGAUUACUUGAGGAGGAACGGAGGCAUUUGCAAAGCGUAUUAGGUGGUGACGUGACUCCGGAGAAUUUCCUGUCGCGGUCACGAGGUGAGAAGGCUAAACUUAACGGCAACGUAGAAACCGUAGUUUCCCCUAAAGUGCCACAAAAUAGCACUGCAGUGAAUGCUGUGGGCACACUGCGCAUAUAUAGCUUGGUUUUGGACGUACUCCUCCCGCUUCUCUGUGCCUCGGGCCUAUUAACAUUCGACUUCACAACGGUGGGCUUACUCGUCUUCGGCACGUUGAGUUUAUCCACGGCGGGCGCUAGUCCCAGUUUUCUGAAGUGGCGGGAAGCCGCCCAACGCUGUUUUGAGUCCCUGCUCAAAAACCCCGUAUAG